UGGCCGCAGCAUGUCGCUAUGGAGGAAGCAGAACCAAAGCAAUUUUCUAAUCAGCUUAGUGUCUGUUCAGCAGUACGGUUGACUAGAUGUUAUUAAGCAUUUCGUCUUUGUUUACCUUAUCGAAUCAUGGGACGUACCAAUAAUUAUCAUUUUUCGGCUGAAGUAUCGAGGCAACGGGACCCAUAAAUUAAUUGAAGUGAUGUUUACUCUCACAGAGGUAGCUGCCCUGAAUGACAUCCAGCCGACCUAUCGGAUCCUGAAACCAUGGUGGGACGUCUUUAUGGACUACCUGGGCGUCGUCAUGCUGAUGCUGGCCAUAUUUUCUGGAACCAUGCAAUUAACCAAAGACCAGGUGGUUUGCCUUCCCGUUCUGGAACCAGCUCCAGAGGACCCCAGCAGCUUCACGACACCGCAGCCAGAGGAGGGGUCUGGGUCAGGGUCAGGGAACGGAGGAAGCAGGGUGACUCUAGCAUCAGCGCCCAUAAUGAUUAAUGAUCUACCGGAUAGUGUCAUCCACUUCACACAGUUUGGUGGUGUUGGACAGCAGGACCCGCCAACAGGCGUCAGGACAAACCUGGACUUUCAGCAGUAUGUUUUUGUCAAUCAGAUGUGCUACCACGUUGCCCUGCCGUGGUACUCAAAAUACUUCCCAUACCUUGCUCUCAUACACACCAUCGUCCUCAUGGUCAGCAGUAACUUUUGGUUCAAAUAUCCAAAGACUAGUUCAAAAAUAGAGCAUUUUGUGGGGAUUCUGGGGAAGUGUUUUGAGUCUCCUUGGACGACCAAGGCAUUGUCCGAGACGGCAUGUGAGGACUCGGAGGAGAAUAAGCAAAGGCUCACUGGUGCCCAUUCCCUACCAAAACAUUUCUCAACCAGCAGUGAAGAGGGAAGUCCUAACCAGUCCACCCCGAUGCUGGCUAAAUCUGGGGUCAAGUUUACUGCUGAUAAGCCUGUUAUUGAAGUCCCAUGCAUGACCAUACUGGACAAGAAAGAUGGAGAACAGGCCAAGGCCUUGUUUGAGAAGGUUAGGAAGUUCCGUGCCCACGUGGAAGACAGUGAUUUGAUCUACAAGCUCUAUGUUGCUCAAACUGUGAUCAAAACCGUGAAGUUCAUUUUGAUCUUGUGUUACACAAUGACAUUUGUUGCUUCAAUUGACUUUGACCAUGUGUGUGAGCCUGACAUAAAACAUUUAACCGGAUACUCUAAAUUCCAAUGCACACAUAACAUGGCAUUCAUGUUAAGGAAGCUGCUUGUCAGCUAUAUUUCCCUCGUCUGUAUAUAUGGCCUAAUCUGUAUAUACACUCUCUUUUGGCUGUUUCGACGACCUCUCAAGGAGUACUCUUUCGAGAAAGUCAGAGAGGAGAGUAGUUUCAGUGACAUUCCUGACGUGAAGAACGACUUUGCGUUUCUCUUGCACAUGGUCGAUCAGUAUGACCAGCUGUACUCGAAGCGUUUUGGCGUCUUCCUCUCUGAAGUCAGCGAGAAUAAACUGCGAGAGAUCAGCUUGAAUCACGAGUGGACCUUUGAGAAACUGAGACAGCAUGUAACCCGCAACGCUCAGGACAAACUGGAGCUCCAUCUCUUCAUGCUGUCAGGUCUGCCAGAUGCUGUCUUCGAUCUGACUGAUUUGGAGAUCCUAAAGCUGGAGCUGAUCCCAGAGGCCAGGAUAACAGCCAAGAUCUCCCAGAUGAUCAACCUUCAGGAGCUUCACUUUUAUCACUGCCCUGCCAAAGUUGAGCAGACCGCGUUCAGUUUCCUUCGUGACCACCUCCGGUGCCUUCAUGUCAAGUUUACAGAUGUAGCUGAGAUCCCCACCUGGGUGUACCUGUUGAAAAGUCUGAGGGAGCUAUACUUGGUUGGCAAUCUGAAUUCUGAAAACAACAAGAUGAUUGGUUUAGAAUCUCUCAGAGACCUGAGACAUCUGAAGAUUCUGCAUCUAAAAAGCAACUUGACGAAGGUCCCAACCAACAUAACAGAUCUCUCUCCACACCUGAUCAAGCUGGUUGUACAUAAUGACGGUACUAAACUCCUGGUACUGAACAGUUUGAAAAAAAUGAUGAACCUAGCUGAACUGGAGCUUCACAAUUGUGAACUGGAGAGGAUUCCCCAUGCUAUUUUCAGUUUGACCAACCUGCAGGAGCUGGACCUGAAAUCCAACAACAUUCGCACCAUUGAGGAGGUCAUCAGCUUCCAGCACCUCAAUAGGCUGAUCUGCCUUAAACUGUGGCACAAUAAAAUCAUCACCAUUCCAUUGUCCAUAAGCCACGUCAAAAACCUUGAGUCCCUCUACCUUUCGCACAACAAACUUGAAUCUCUGCCCGUACCUUUGUUUAACCUGCUGAAGCUGAGGUAUCUGGACGUUAGCCACAACUCCAUAGUGGUGAUCCCUCUGGAGAUCGGCUUCAUGCAGAACCUCCAGCACUUUGCCAUUACAGGAAACAAGGUGGAGGUGGUACCCAAGCAGCUGUUCAAGUGCACCAAAUUGAAGACACUAUGUCUGGGACACAACUGUAUCUCUGUCCUUCCAGAGAAGAUAAGCAAUCUGGUGCAGCUAACAAACCUGGAGCUUAAGGGAAACUGUCUGGACCGCCUGCCAGCCCAGCUUGGCCAGUGUCAUCUCCUCCACAAGAACUGCCUGGUGGUGGAGGACCACCUCUUUGACUCACUCCCCCUAGAUGUCAAGGAGAGUAUCAAUCAGGAAGCCAACGUUCCCUUUGCUAAUGGGGUGUGAGUGUGGAAGGACGGUCACUUUACCCAUACAGGAAAGAGAUUACAAAAAUGUGGCAAUAACUGUCCAUACACAGCCAGCUAGUCAACUCUUUUAAUUACAGCAUGUGAACUGGAAUAAAGGUUUUUGCUCAGGGCUGACUCGUCGAACAGAUGAUGUUUAAACUUAUAGAAAAUGGCACUGUGCUAACUAGUCAGGUGAGUUGAUUCCAGGUACUGUGGAAAAUGCUAGAAUUAUGGUCUAGAUCCAGAAUGAUAGGUUAGUUCCAUAGUGAUGGGCUGAUUCCAGAAUAAGGAGCUGGUUCCAGAGUGAGUUAGUUGUAGAAUGACAGCAAUGUUUGUGUUAGACCACUAAAUGAUUAGUCAAUGUUCUGAGGAAAAGGGAUGCUCCUCUUAAUGAAACAGAAUGGUGGUGUAGAAUUCAUACAUACCAGGGAUACAGUAGCCUCAGAUUAUUGGCACCCUACCCUUGAUAAAGAUGAGCAAAAAAUAAUGUAUACAUUUUGUCUCACCAGUGGUGAAGGAAUGGUGGUGUAGAAUUCAUAGAUACCAGGGAUACGUUGUUGCCGGGGAUGCCUUACAACAGGCCUACAAGCCCUCAGUCCAGCCUCUCUCAGCCUAUUGCGGACAGUCUGAGCACUGAUGGAGGGAUUGUGCGUUCCUGGUGUAACUCAGGCAUACAAUACAAUACAAAUUCUGAACUAUAUUGUAUGCAAUUUUUAUUUUAUACUAAUACAAUCGCUCAGAGAAGUAGAUUUGGUUUAACAAGUAAAACAAACAAAUCUCAAAAAUAUAGGUGUCAAAACUAUUGGCACCCCCAAAGAUUCUUAUUUUACUUUUUAAAAUGAGUCUCAGUUUAAGGAACUAUAUUGUGGCCUUCCAUGGCUUCCUGUGUAAAAAUGAGAUAACACACAUGUAAAAUCCAUUUGUCAUCCAUCACCGGGCCCCCGAGUGGCGCAGCGGUCUAAGUCAUUGCAGCUCAGUGCUAGAGGCAUCACUACAGACCCUGGUUUGAGUCCAAGCUGUAUCACAACCGGCUGUGAUUGGCAGUCCCAUAGGGUGGAACAAUUGGCCCAGCAUCAUCCGGGUUAUGGUUUGGGCCGAGGUAGGCCGUCAUUGUAAAUAAGAAUUUGUUAUGUCAGGAUGAGUUUGCAGGAGGGAGGAGGAUGUCUUCCCUGUAACGCACAGUGUUGAGAUUGCCUGCAAUGACAACAAGCUCAGUCCGAUGAUGCUGUGACACACCGCCCCAGACCAUGACAGAACCUCCACCUCCAAAUCGAUCCCGUUCCAGAGUACAGGCCUCGAUGUAACGCUCAUUCCUUUGACGAUAAAUGUGAAUCCGACCUUCACCACUGGUGAGACAAAACCGCGACUCGUCAGUGAAGAUACUUUUUUGCCAGUCCUAUCUGGUCCAGCAACGGUUUGUGCCCAUAGGCGACAUUGUUGCCGGGGAUGUCUGGUGAGGACCUGCCUUACAACAGGCCUACAAGCCCUCAGUCCAGCCUCUCUCAGCCUAUUGCGGACAGUCUGAGCACUGAUGGAGGGAUUGUGCGUUCCUGGUGUAACUCGGGCAGUCGUUGCCAUCCUGCACCUGUCCCGCAGGUGUGAUGUUCGGAUGUGCCGAUCCUGUGCAGGUGUUGUUACACAUGGUCUGCCACUGCGAGGACGAUCAGCUGUCCGUCCAGUCUCCCUGUAGCGCUGUCUUAGACGUAUCACAGUACGGACAUUGCAAUUUAUUGCCCUGGCCACAUCUACAGUCCUCAUGUCUCCUUGCAGCAUGCCUAAGGUACGUUCACGCAGAUGAGCAGGGACCCUGGGCAUCUUUCUUUUGGUGUUUUCAGAGUUAGUAGAAAGGCCUCUUUAGUGUCCUAAGUUUUCAUAACUGUGACCUUAAUUUCCUACCGUCUGUAAGCUGUUAGUGUCUUACCGACCGUUUCGCAGGUGCAUGUUCAUUAAUUGUUUAUGGUUCAUUGAACAAGCAUGGGAAACAGUGUUUAAACCCUUUACAAGGAAGAUCUGUGAAGUUAUUUGGAUUUUUACUAAUUAUCUUUGAAAGACAGGGUCCUGAAAAAGAGACGUUUAUUUUUUUUAGUUUAUCUGCUGUAAAAUAUGGUGGUAGAUCUUUUUUUAUAUGGCUGUUUCGCUUCCACUCGUCCUGAGGCCCUUGUUAAGGUCAACGGCAUCAUGAACUCUACCAAGUACCAGAACAUUUAGCCAAAACCCUGGUUGUCUCUGCCAGGAGGCUGAAACUUGGCCACAAAGAAAAAACAAAUCCACAAAGAAAUGGUUAAUUGAUAACAAAAUCCACAUUUUGUAACGGCCAUCUCAGUCCCUGGACUUGAACCCCAGCACAGACCAAAGGAUUUCAAGGAUCUGGAAAGGUUCUGUGUGGAGGAAUGGUCUAAAAUCCUUCCCAAUGUGUUCUCAAAUCUCAUAAAACAUUAUAGAAAAAUGAUAAGUGCCCUUAUCCUUGCAAGGGUGCACAACGUAUUGGAAAUGGGUGGCAAUCAUUUUUACGUAUCUUAAUAAUAAUAUUCUUUUAACUUGUUAAACAAAAUUAUUAUAUUUUUCUCUGAGCAAUUGUAUUAUUAUAAAAUAUAAUUUUCCAAUUGUUUCAAAUAGGCCAUACAAUAUUGUUCAGUAUUUGCAUUAUUUAUGUGAUACUGUCAUUUUUGCUCAUCUUUAUUAAUAAGGGUGUCAACAAUUUUGGUGGUGACUGUGUAUAUCAGUGUCAGAAUUUAAUUGAGAAUACUUUAUAAAUUUCUAUUCUUGAAUUGAAUUUGAAUUGAAGCAGCAAACAGGAUAAGAAUUGCAAUUUGAAUUACAGGAAAUACAUUUGAAUUAAGUAAAAUUCUAAGAAAUUCAAAAGGCAGAGUUGCAAAGAAAAAUACAUAUCUCAGACUGGCCAAUAAAAAGAAAAGAUUAAGACGGGCAAAAGAACAGGCACUGGACAGAGGAACUCUGCCUAGAAGGCCAUCAUCCCGGAGUCGCCUCUUCACUGUUGACGUUGAGACUGGUCAUUUGCGGGUACUAUUUAAUGAAGCUGCCAGUUGAGGACUUGUGAGGUGUUUGUUUCUCAAACUAGACACUCUAAUGUACUUGUCCUCCCACUCCUCUUUCUAUUCUGGUUAGAGACUAUUUUCUCUGUUCUGUGAGGGGAGUAUACAGCGUUGUAUGAGAUCUUCAGUUUAUUGGCAAUUUCUUGCAUGGAGUAACCUUCAUUUCUCAGAACAAGAAUAGACUGACGAGUUUCAGAAGAAAGGUCUUUGUUUCUGGCCCGUUUGAGCCUGUAAUCAAACCCACAAAUCCUGAUUCUCCAGAUACUCAACUAGUCUAAAGAAGGCCAGUUGUAUCGCUUCUUUAAUUAGAACAACCGUUUUCAGCUGUGCUAACAUAAUUGCAAAAGGGUUUUAUAAUGAUCAAGUAGCCUUUUAAAAUUAUAAACUUGGAUUAGCUAACUCAACGUGCCAUUGGAACACAAGAGUGAUGGUUGCUGAUAAUGGACCUCUGUAUGCCUAUUUAGAUAUUUCAUUAAAAAUCAGCAGUUUUCAGCUACAAUAGUCAUUUACAACAUUAACAAUGUCUACACUGUAUUUCUGAUCAAUUUGAUGUUAUUUUAAUGGACAAAAAAUGUGCUUUUCUUUAAAAAACAAGGACAUUUCUAAGUGACCCCAAACUUUUGAACGGUAGUGUAUCUGGAAGUGUGACUUCAAUGAAACUCAUGUUCUAUGACUGAGUUGAAUUUAUUUGAAUUGCACUGAAUUAAAUUAUACUUCCUGUCACUCAAACUCUAAUUCUACAUCCUGUGGAGUGUGGCUAAAUUCAAUAAAAAUAUCAACUCAUGAGUUGAAUGGGAGUCAAUUCCAAAAUUCUGAAUUGGGCCCAACCCUGGACUGUGUAUGAACUGAUAAAAGCUCAUCUUUUGUUAUUUGGUUUUAUUUACUGUUUUUUUUAUAGCAACAUGUCUCUACUUUUUACCUGAAUCCAGGAUGUAGGAGUUUAGGGAUUCCUCUCAUGAUUUUUAUUUAAUUAUUUUGUUGUCAUUAUUUAGAUUAUAAAUACCUGUGGUUGUUUGAAAGGAACCUCCAAACUUACUGACAAGUGUGACAACCCAGUCAACAAGCAUGCCUAUGCCCAUACUAUAUCUGCUGUGGUAAGAACCACAUGUUAUAAUCAGACUAAAGCAAGGAAGAGUUUUCUCAACAAGGACAAUUAUAAAACACUAUUGUAUGUGACAUCCGCUCUGCAUCAUUGAUGUGCAUCUACAAUAUGGUCUUGGCUACUCACUUAAUGACAUUGUGCAUGUGUAUGUUUACUAUCCUAUCCUUUUACUCAUAAAUGUGUCAGUAAAGUAUUUAACUCUUUCAAUAGACAUUUUCAACAUGUCCGUUCCACUGUGAUUCAUUCAGAAUGAAAUAUACCAGAGGUUCCUCUGUUAUCUGAUUUCCCCCUAUGUCUAGCAAUUUCACAAUAUGUUUGAAGCAUUUUCAACUUCACUGGUGUGGUUGUAGGCUACCAGAGCAUGUGAUGCAGGCCAUGCCAGGUCAGUUUGAAAUGUUUUGCACCUUUCAAUCAGUCAGAAGUAGCAUAUUCCUGCCUUCCAUUGGUGGCACACAUCUAAUUAAUUUAGUCAUAUAGUGCCUAUCUUUUCCAUUCAUUUAGGAUUCAGACCUGCAGAUAUCUCCUCAUGCUUAUAGGCUGAUCUAUACAGCAGUUGCUGUUGAAUAUGGAUUCACCUCAACCUGACACCACUUUUUUGUUGCAUGGAAUUAUCUGACAAAUUUAGAUUUGCGGUAAACUUUAUUUAAGUUGAAAUUUUGUUCAACCAAUGGGGAAAAAAAUGCUACCAUCUGAAAUGCUACAGUGUUCAGUCUCGACUUGUUAAAAGAUUAUGAAUGUUAAGGUAUGACAAUUGUAACUCAAUAAAGGAGUUGCGUUGACUUGCACAGUAAACCAAUUGUUGCCCGUCUUGCAUGGAUUUGAUGACAAGCUCAUGGGAUCAUCAGUUGUAGAUUGCACUUGCAAGGUAUAGAUUUGAAUUAUUUGAACCCCAAAGUUAAAGUGUAUCACUUUGGUCUCAGAAACUAUCACAAUGUGGACCAUCAAAAUAUUAGAAUGAUCAAAAUGCAUGCACAUAUUUGAUGCAUUAUUGAUAGACUGCAAUACAUGUUAAGAGUGUUAAUAUAUCACAAACAGAUUAAAUUAUUCCCAUUUCCAAAUUAUAACUAUUUUCUCUCCUUGAUUGUUUAGAUUUUAUUUUUUUGGGGGGGGGAAAUGUGUGUUUCUUAUUUUAUAUUCAUUUCUAUAUAAUUUAGUUUUUAGCAUGUUAGAAGAACAUGUUUUUAGCAUUGUAAAAGUCGUGAGAAUAGUGUGUAGAAAGACUGUCUAACCAAAAGAUUACUACGAGGGAUACGUGUGAUUCACUGUUGUAAUGCGCCCUCACCACCAUUUCUAGUCAAAUCAUGAUUUCUGACUGAUAAUGCUGUUUGUGUGCGUGUGUGGCAGGGCAUUAUUAUGGAAGUUCCAAAAUAAAUCAAAUAUACAUUGUUUUGUAAAUGACAAAUAAUAAGGGGGUCUCAUAUGAAGCCGUUGUCCUUUUGUUUUUGUUUAGUACGGUAUAACGUUACUUUUAAAAAUGGAGUAUUUCCACAGUUUCUAAAUAACAAGAACAUGAUUUUCAUCUUUUUUGUUAUUCUUUUUAACGUUUCAAUAGAAUAUUUUGUAUUUUAACCAUCUGAUAUUCUAAUGUUUCUCUUCUAUAUCUACUAAACUAACACAAGCUAAAUUUGAGUCGACUUACAUUACCACCAAAAAUACAUUUAGGUACACUACAUACAGAGGCAAUAAAGAGUCUAUACCCCCCCUUGGAUUUCUUGACAUUUUGUGUUAUAAAGUGGGAUUAAAAUGGAUUUAAUUUUUUUUUUUUUUUGUCAACGAUCUACACAAACUACUCUAAUGUCAAAGUGGAAGAGAAAUUAUAAAAUUUUUAAGAUUAAUGAAAAAUAAAACAUAAAUGAGUCAAUAGAUGUUAGAAACACCUUUGGCCGCAAUUACAGCUAUGAAUCUUAUUGGGUAAGUCUCAUCAGAGCUUUGCACACCUGGAUUGUGCAAUUUAUUUUCUCUAUUAUUAUUAUCAAGGCUAGACAGUAAUUUUCAAAUCUUGCCCUAUGUGUUCAAGCAGAACUAAAUACUCCAGCGUAGAUCUGGCUUUGUGUUGUAGGUUAUUGUCCUGCUGGACAGCAGACUGAAUCAGGUUUUCUUUUAGGAUUUUGCCUGUGCUUAGUUCCAUCCUAUUUCUUUUCAUCCUGAAAAAGUCUUUGCCGAUGUCAAGAAUACCCAUACCAUGAUCCAGCCACCAUGCUUGAAUAUAAGGAGGCAGUUACUCAGUGAUGUGUUGUUGGAUUUGCCCCAAACAUAAGGCUUUGCAUUUAGGCAGAAAAGUGUAUUCCUUUGCCGUUGAAUUUAUUUCUUUGCAGUAUGACUUUAGUGCCUUUUUGCAUACAUAUGCAUGUUUUGGAAAACAUUUUAUUCUUUAUAUUUGGAUUCUUCUUUUCACGCUGUCAUUUAGGUCAUUAUUGAGAAGUCACUACAAUGUUGUUGAUCCAUCCUCAGUUCUCCCAUCACAGCCAUUUUACUCUGUAGGUUUUUCUAAAUCAACAAUGGCCUCAUGGUGACAUCCAUAAGCAGUGUCCUUCCUGUCCUGCAGCUCAGUUCAGAAGUACGACUGUAUCUUUGAUGUGUCUGGGUGGUUUAUCAUCCACCGCACAUUUAUUAACUUGACCAUGGUUAAAGAUGUACUCAACAUUAGAUGGUUUAUUGUUAGCUAUCUACCAAUCACUGCUCUUCUUUGAGGCUUUAGAAAAGCUCCCUGGUCUUUGCAGUUUAAUCUGUGCUUGAAAUUCAAUACUUUACUGAGGGACCUUACAUAUGUUGUAUGUAUAGGAGACAGAGGAAGUGGUAGUCAUUUAAAAAUUGUCAUCCCCUAACAUUUCACACAGUGAAUUCAUGUAAUUUGUGAUUUGUUAAGCCACAUUUGACUUCUGAACUAAUUUAGGCUUGCCUAAAAAAAAGUAAUGAAUACUUUUGCAACAACUAUAUUUUAGUUGAUAAAUUCUUAUUUUGUAAACAUUUUAGAAUUUCUUUUUCACUUUGAUAUUAUGGAGUAUUUUGCAUAGAUCAAUGGCAAAAAUGUACAAUUAAAUAUAUUUCAGUCCCACUUUGUAACAACAAAAUGUGAUAAGUUCAAGGCGGUGUAGACUUUCUAUAGGCACAGUACUUCCUUCCUGACAGACCAUCCCAGGUUAUGCAUUAACAGAUCCUAUUUGUGUUGACAACUGUACAUUGUGGAAUAUUGUUAUUAUACAAACCACACUGUUCACUUAACAAUGAUUUAUGCUAUUAGGAUGGUUGAUAACAGUGAUCCCUGCAGCACUUUCAAACAACUCCUGAUCAAAUUCCUCGGUUACCUGUAAAUAAAAUGUUCAAAUCAUAUGGUCAAAUCAUAUAUUACAGGCAAGUUAUCUUUUUUUGAUGAACAAUAAAGACAAUGAUAUCCAUGUUG